AUGGAGCAACAGCACAAGCGACGACAGCAACAUCAACAACAAAUACGACAGUCGAUUAUUAUAAUCUGCAUAUCACUGAUAAAUUUAAAUCAAAUAACAAUUACUAUAGCUGAUAACAAUACAUCAGAUAAUCACAAUUACAAUGAUAUUAUCUAUGCUAACAAUAGCAGCUAUGAUAACACCACUAUCAAUAAUUAUCGUGUGUCUGAUGAGCGUUAUUCGGUUCUACGAUUACGUACCAAUGAUCUCAACCAAUUCUUGUCUGUAAAAAAAUUGAUCGAAUCAUCCGUUGAUCUCAAUGUGAAUUUCUGGAAAAUAGCACGCGAUAUAAACGAUGUAAGUGAUGUAAUGGUUCCGGCAAGUACUUUGAAGACUGUUUUGCAUUUAUUACAUAUGGGAAAUAUUAAUGUUACUGUUACAAUUCCUGAUGUUGAGGGAUUGAUCAUAAAACGGCAGAAAAAGAAAAGCGCAUUCGAGCAGCAACGUUAUCGGGAUGAUUCGAGAUCAUCUUCGAGGUCAACCGUGGAAUUCGCCAAAUACAAUUUCUAUUCAUACGGUUCAUAUAAGGAUAUGAUGGAAUGGUUACGAUCAUUAGCUGUCCAAUACCCGAAUUUUGUACGGUACAUAUCGAUUGGAAAAUCUCACGAAAGACGUAGCAUAGAUGGCUUAGAGAUUGGUGGAAAUAAUCAAUCCAAACGAGUAUUUUGGAUUGAUGGCGGUAUUCACGCACGUGAAUGGGCUGCACCACAUACAGCGUUAUAUUUCAUUCAUCAAUUAACAUCGAAAUAUGGACAUGAUAAAGAAAUUACGAAAUAUGUUGAUGAAUUGACCUGGGUCAUAAUACCAUGCUUAAAUCCUGACGGAUAUGAAUACACGCGAUCCUCGACAAAUCCAAAUAUUCGGUUAUGGCGCAAAAAUCGUUCACCGUUUGUUUGUGGAAAGGAUUCAUGGGGACGUAAUCGUUGUUGUCGUGGCGUCGAUUUAAAUCGAAAUUUUGAUUUUCAUUUUAAAGAAAGCGGUUCAAGUGAUGAUCCAUGCGCUGAAAUUUAUCAAGGUAAAUCAGCAUUCAGUGAACCGGAAACAAGGGCUGUGCGUGAUGCAAUAAUGUCAAGUCGUUAUCGCGGUCGUAUUGAUGCUUUUGUAACAUUGCAUACUUAUUCACAAAUUUGGAUUCAUCCAUACGGUCAUCGUAAGGACACCUAUCCUGGUGACAUACAGGAUUUGUACGAUAUUGGUAAGAAAGCAACAAAUGCACUCAGCAAACUUUACGGUACAAAAUAUGUUGUUGGCAGUGGAGCUGAUACAUUAU